GUCAUAAUCAUAUCGUGACUUGACUAGUACACAACAAAAAUGGCGCUCGUGGAUGUCUGUGGUAUAAAUUCAAUAAUUAAUUUAAACUCAUCAAAAGAGAGUUCUAAACUUCGCAAUGAGAUAAGUAACUACACUUACAAUUUCACUAACAACCUCUCCUUGGCAGUACCUCCGUACGCAAAUCCAGCAGAAAGCCUGGGAGCACUUGCAAACACUCCUGAUGACUCCGGAAGAGCAAUUAAGAUAAAAUUCGACCAUGGAACCACCACCCUAGGAUUUAUGUACCAAGGCGGUGUCGUUUUGGCAGUUGAUUCACGUGCUACUGGCGGUCAAUUUAUUGGCUCGCAAAGUAUGAAGAAAAUCGUCGAAAUAAACGAUUACCUGCUGGGCACACUCGCCGGAGGAGCUGCUGAUUGUGUCUACUGGGACCGAGUCCUGGCGAAACAAUGUCGCCUCUACGAACUAAGGAACCGUGAGCGCAUUUCCGUAGCAGCUGCCAGCAAGCUCAUGUCCAACAUGGUCUACGACUACAAGGGAAUGGGUCUGUCCAUGGGAAUGAUGAUCGCCGGGUGGGACAAGCGUGGCCCAGGUCUUUACUACGUCGACUCAGAGGGCACUAGAACCACCGGAAAAGUCUUCAGUGUUGGGUCUGGUUCUGUAUUCGCUUUUGGUGUUCUCGACUCCGGGUACCGCUGGGACUUGACUGAUGAAGAAGCUUAUGAUCUUGGUAGACGAUCUAUUUAUCACGCUACUCAUCGUGAUGCUUACUCCGGAGGAAUUGUUCGAGUCUACCACAUGAAAGAAACUGGCUGGGUCCGCAUUUCCGAUGACGACUGCAAGGAUCUUCAUUACAUGUACCAAGAAGAAAAGAAAAAUGCUGCUUAAUUAAUUAAUUUCACUUUAUUGUAUUUUUUAAUCAUACUUAUUAAACAAUUAAUAAAGAACUUCUUUAUUAUA